AAUUGAUUAAAAUAAUAUGCAUCACUUCAGCAUCAUAUGUAAUAACAAAUAUAUUUCUUAUUGUUUAUUGUUUUUUUACCUGAAGCUGGGCAAAAAUUGAAAAUAAAAUAAUUAUUGUAAUAAAUACGUACAUAAAAACUGAAUGGUAUGGUUUUACCAUUCAUUAUAAAAUUUAUGGUAAAGUUUUCUAAUCAUUAGUUAUUUUCUUUGUUUGAUUACAAAAAGAAUAAUGUCUCAAGAAGAAAAUAAUUCAUUAACUGAUUCUGAGCAGUCAUUUGUAUGCAAUGUUUAUACUACAGCUGCUUUUGUCUUUCAAGCUUCAAAGGAAAAAAAAGAGGCUUUAGGAUUAAAAGAGAGACUCUACAAUUGUGAGAUGUGUAAAAAGACAUUUACAUUAAAAGGAAAUCUGAAGAGACAUAUGCUUACUCAUACUGGUGAACGACCAUAUAUGUGCAAUAUCUGCUCGAAACGUUUUGUGCAGCAGAGUAAUCUGAAAAUGCAUUUACUUACUCAUACAAAUGAAUGUCCAUUCACAUGCAAUAUUUGUCAGAAAUCAUUCAAACAAAAAUAUUUUUUGAAAAGGCAUAUGAUGAUACAUACUGGUGAAAGACCUUUUAAUUGUUCAAUUUGCAGUAAGUCCUUUAGGCAGAAAUCUCACUUGAAAACUCAUGCACUUCUGCAUUCAGGAGAUAGACCUCAUAAUUGUGAUAUCUGUGGAAAGUGUUUUGUAGUUAAGAGUCGUUUGAAGACACAUUUUUUAUCACAUACCAAAACGAAACAUGCUUGUGAUGUGUGCCACAAAUGCUUCUCUUUAAGAAGCCUACUCAAAGGUCAUAUGCAAUCACAUACCAAUGACCAAAAUCCAGAACUAUGUGUAUGUGGAAAAAAUUGCAAGUUAUGUGGAAAAAACUGUGGACAAAGAUGUAAUUUGAAAUUGCCCCUUAUUCCAGUUCUGCCAGAACAUAAAACAUCUGUCUCUUUGUCAUCUUCUAUGGUGAACAUUUCUCAUGAAGAUGUGUAUGAUCCAUAAUUAUGUUAUUGACAACCACGAGCAUAGUUCUGUUUUUCCUUUAAGAACUUAACAUUAGUUUUAGCACAAAGCUGAGAAAGUAUAUCAUCACCUAUGUAUAUUGAAAUACCACCUAAUGAAAUUCAUAAUUAGAAAUAACAAAAAAAAAGUGUGCUCAGCAAAAUACAGUUCCUUUUAAAAUGUUAUCUUGCAGAAUUUUUCCUUGUUCUGUGAAAUAAUCAUAUUUCUCUUUCAUGUACAGCAAUUUUUAAUGUAUCCCUGAAACUAGUCACGCUUUUAAAAGUUUUAUAUAGCUGAUAUUUUACUAUUUCAUUUUAAAUAGCCAUUAUUUAAUGUUUUAUAACUGUAUGAAAGAAAUGCUUUAAAUUUUUUCAUUGUGUCAAAAAGUUUUUGUUUGUAAAAUAUUUUUUUAACCAGAAAAUUGAAUUAAUGCACAUUUUAUAUAAUUUUAACAUUAGCUUCAUUUGAGAAAACAACUGAAAACUUUUGUUUCUAAACUAAAUUUUUGAA